AUGGUCGUGAUGGCAAAAUCCCAGGCGUCCGGCGAGAAGAGCAAGACGCCGUCCUCAGCUCGUCUACCGAAGAAGCUUAGACUGUGCGUACAAGAUUUGUCAAGGUUCACGGCAUGGGGACAGCCGCUCCAUACGUUUACAGGCUUGCAGGAUCAGCUACCUUACUCCGAACCUGUUAUACAAGCUACAAUACCAGAGAACAGAGUCGCCGGUACUUCAAAUACGCCAAGUUUUGGAGAGGAUCACCUAUCAUAUACAAGCCUUCCAUGCCACUGCCAUUUGCGCCAGACAGAAGUUGAACAUCAGAAGGUGGUCGCGUCAUCUACAGACGAUCCCUGGCCAAUGGACAUGAUGACUGCGAGAACAUGUCGUCUUACACAUCCUCCGUCGCUACAGUAUUCCAUCCACGGCGACGAUAUCUUCAAUUUUGCUGGUGUAUCGGAAGCCGACAUGGUACCCUGUCCGUCUCCGCCGCGGUUGUCUCCUCAGGAUCUUCCUGACGUGUCGAUAUGGCAUUCAAUGGAGGUGUGCGAGCGAGCGCACGACAUAUGCACUGCCGAACCGAUCGCAUCCGCUGGUGAUUCGAGUGCACUCCUUCUGAGACAUGUCGAUGAGCCUUACUUGCCUACUUAUCCGUCAAGUCUCUUCAACGAAUGCGCGUUCCAGCCUUGCUCAUCACCUCAGAACGUCCCUGACGAAUCCAUCUUCGACCUUCUCUCAAUUCCGCUCACCUUUCAAGACAUGUCUCCAGACACACCAGUCUCGGGUGGUAGCUUAGAUCUUUGA